AAAGCCGAAGAGACCAUAAGAAACCUAACCCCAAAGAAACCAAAAUCUUUCGUUCCCUUCUUCUUCUUCCUUUUUCCUCCUGCCCAAGCAAAAGCUCCCUUCUCCAGCCCUAACACUUCUUCCCUUUCUGUUCGUCGCCUCCUCCUUCAAUCGUGUUCGAAUUGGUGUUUGCUUCGGGGACGAACGGUAAUUUUAGGAAUUAGAUUCUGCAAGCGACAACCGGGAGACGAUGUCUGCAGUGGUGUGCGGAACCAAAAGAUCUUUCUUUGAAGAACUACCGCCUUCGCCUCCCGUUUCCAAGCGCCUCCGCUGCUCCUCUACCACUUCUCCGAUUAGAUUCGCUGCGUCCUGUCUUAUUGAUCAGCUACAGAAUUUGUUUCCUCAAAUGGACCAUCAGCUUCUUGUGAGAGUCCUUGAAGAAUGUGGCAACGACUUGGAUGCUGCCAUCAAAAGUCUGAGUAACAUGUGUUUGGGAUCUACUGUUGAGAAUCCUGUUGCUACUACAGCAGCAGAGACAAAUUUGGACCACGGAGGUUCAUUUGCUGACAAUGGGGAGCCUGCUGCUUCAGAGAAUUUGUCAGCACCAAGCAGUGUUUCUCUUGAUGGUAGGGAAUGGGUUGACUUGUUUGUAAGGGAAAUGAUGAGCGCUACUAGUGUAGAUGAUGCUAGGACUCGUGCAGCAAGAGCAUUAGAGGCUUUAGAGAGCUCGAUUAGUGCACGUGCUGGUGCUGAUGCCGCACAAAAUUUCCACAAGGAAAACAUGCAACUGAAGGAACAAAUUGAAGUACUACUACGAGAAAAUACAAUUCUUAAGCGAGCAGUUGCCAUACAACAUGAACGUCAGAAGGAAUUCGAGGAUAAGAACCUAGAGUUGCAGCACCUUAAACAGUUGGUAUCUCAAUAUCAGGAGCAGCUGAGAACGCUAGAGGUAAACAAUUAUGCAUUGACAAUGCAUUUGAAGCAGGCUCAACAAAGCAGCUCGAUUCCCGGACGCUUCCAUCCCGAUGUCUUCUAGCAAAAAGCAGUGUAAAGAUCAAAAUUGUUGGUUGCAGAAAGGUAGUAGCAGAGAGCGUGAAUGAGAGAUGAGGGAAGGGGAGAGCAGGGAGGAAUGGAGCAUCCUAUGAAUAGAGGUAUUGCAGACCAAUGUGUGUUUGUUUCUGUAUUUGAGUUUGAUCAUAUCGUCAACCUGGAAUGGUGACUGCCACCGCAGCUCUGUUGUGGAACUUCUAUUGUUUCCCCAUGCUUUUCAAUAAAGCCUUUGUUCAAUUUGAUGAUUGUUGGUGGUGGAAGAUCAAGUUAUUGUCAAGUUUAUGCUCUUAAAUUACAAGUUGAAGUAAUUGUACUUUUGGAUCGUUUGCAAGUGAAUAAUGACGGUUAGGUUU